AUACCUCUAGCCCGGCGGACUCGUUAGCUCGUGCUCUGCCCUACGACAUCUCCUUUCACUAAGGGAUAUACGAGACCGCGUCAAUCAGUCUUCUGGAUGAAAUCUGCGCCUUCUUCGACCUUUUCCGCUCGUGUUUUUGUACACUCCAUUCGCUCACUACACUAAUUGUAUUAAUUCUGCAAAGCUCUGUAUAACAACACAUUCGACCCUCAGCACUAGAGGAUCGCCGACUACAGACCUUCUUUUUACAUACCAGCUAAUCACACUCUUUGUACCUGUUGCCUUUCAGGCUGCCACUCUCUAAUCCGGCUCAUCAUUCGAAGCUGUCCACUCACUAAACCCCUUAAACCCGAACCGACCACGUCUAUCCCGGAGACCUGACGAUACUACCCGAUACACACCGACCACAUCAACAUGGCGUACCACCAACAACAACAACAACAACAAUCGCGCUACGGCCAGUGCGACUCCUACUUUGUAGAGUCACACGAUGAUGGCAUCUAUGCCAUGCGAGCUGAGGCCAGAGAACGCCACCGAGCUGUGUCCAAGAUGCAACAACGAGCCAUCGCUGAAGAGUUAUCAAGGAUGACCGCUGAUGAAUACCAAGAAGACAUCAUGCAACACAUGAUCCACAUGGAAGGACAAACCCUCCCAGACGUCAACUCCAUCGACAUCCAGACCGAGAUCCAGUGGUUCAUGCGCCCUUACCUCCUCGACUUCUUGGUCGAAGCUCACGCUGCCUUCCAGUUGUUGCCCGAGACCCUCUUCCUGGCUGUCAACCUCCUCGACCGCUACUGCUCCCGCCGCGUUGUCUACAAGCGUCAUUACCAGCUCGUUGGUUGCGCAGCCCUCCUCAUUGCCGCCAAGUACGGUGACAAGAAGGACCGCGUACCCACCGUGCGGGAAUUGAAGUCUAUGUGCUGCUCUCUCUACGACGACGAGAUGUUCACUCAGAUGGAAUGGCACGUUCUGCAAACUCUGAACUGGAUGAUCGGCCACACCACAGUAGACGCAUUCCUCCAGAUCGCCCUCUCAGAAGCCCCAUACGAUGCCGAGGUUGAGCACAUGGCUCUUUACAUUGCCGAGAUCGCUCUCUUCCACAAGGAGUUCGUCUCCACAAGGCCAUCAGUCCUCGCCCGAUCCGCCCUUGCCCUUGCGAGAUGCGUCCUGUCCCGACCCCAAGCACGCAACACCGACUGGUCUGGUGCUUACGACCCUCAAACAGUUAUCGGUCUGUCCAACCACCUGUAUCAGCCAUCCCCGGUACUUUCCCGCAAGUAUGCCUCUAUGCAUCUGUCCACUGUGUCCGCCACCGUCGAAGAGUUCCUGCAAAGACAGGCGCAGAUCGCGCGCCGCCAGGCUGCCCCUCCCACACCACCCCCGACCGUCACCAUCGAGGAGCCCAAGCCCGUCCCCAAUGUCAGCGCUUACCCGCAGACGCCAAACAAGAACCCAUACAGCUCCGUCAUGCAGAACGGAUGCCCUACCCCACCGAUCACCCCUGAGGGAGAGCAUUUUACGUAUGGCCAUGUUGUCAAGUCACAACCUCAGUCUAUGUAUCCCACGACACCCACUCCGGAGCACCAGUCCACCAUGCAACAUCAGGGUCAAUACUUCCACAACCAAUACCUCCAUGUUUAAAAGAUCACCGCGCCAGGCAGUGGCUAUUCUUUACCACUGUCGAAAAACUCAACUGCCAUGGACUGUCAUGAUCACAUCCAUCGCGCUCCGUUGUACCAAAAAUACUCGUAUGAGCGUCUUAGCAGGUCAUUUCUUCCAGCAUUUACAAGCGUCUUGUUACUGUUAUAUUGCGAUAUCAAAGACGUCACUUUUCUGUUUCGAGCAUUUCUUUUGUUAGGUCCGACCAAAAUUUACCGGUCGUCUGCUGCCAUUCGCAUGGCAAUAGCCUGCGGUGGCCAGUGG